AAAAAAUGAAAGUGGGGGAACAAAUGACGGAUAUUUCAUUAUAUGAUGUAACGUUUGUCAUGAUUCUUAGUUCCUACUUUGUUCCACUAUUAUUCUCUCCCAUUCUUCCCAUAGUGAGAUCUUUUGCAGCAACUUUGUAUAAACAUGUAUGUGAAACUGUGAAUGUAGAUCAACGAAAUUGCUAGUAGUUCGAGAUAUCGGUUAUAUCGAUAUAGUCGUGACAAUUGCAGCAUAUUGCGUCUGUGAGUAAUCACAAGAAAUUUUUGCGAAAAGAUAUUGCUCUGGAGUUUUAAAUAAAUUUUGAUAGAUAUGUGAAUAUCUUUCAAAUACUUAAGACUUAGUUAGUUCAAAAUCAUAAAAUAGCGUACAAAAAUGAUGCUCGCUAGAGUGUGUCGAAGCAGUAUUUCACCAAAUUUAGUUAAUUUACUGAAAACUCCAAUUAAUUCGAAACCUUUUAUUCCGAGAAUUCAAUCCACAAGAUUAUUUGCUAACGAUGGACGAAGCACAUUUGCAAGAUCUACUCGUAAAUCAACUUCUCUUUCAGAACAAGCAAUGGCACCUGCUGGAGAAACAGCAUUUACUAUUGGAAAAGGAGUUGUUGCUGGUGGUGCUGUUAUAGGAUUAGGUUCCUUAUGUUAUUAUGGUUUGGGUUUGUCGCCAUCCAUGGGAGCUAUAGAUUAUGCAAAAUUAUGGCCUCAAUAUGUAAAGGAUAGAAUUAAGACUACAUAUAUGUACCUUGGUGCAUCUAUAAUAACUAGUGCUGCAACUGCAGCAAUAUGUAUACGUUCACCAACUAUUAUGAAUUUAAUAAUGCGUCAAGGGUGGCUUGCCAUGUUCGUAUCUUUAGCAUCUGUUUGGGGUAGUGGAAUAUUGCUACAGUCUAUUCCAUAUAAAGAAGGUUUUGGUGCAAAACAAAUAGCAUGGUUAAUUCACACUGGCACUAUUGGUGCAUUUCUUGCACCUCUCUAUUUAUUUGGAGGACCAUUGGUACUUAGAGCUGCAUGGUAUACUGCUGGUGUAGUUGGUGGUUUAUCAGUAGUAGCAAUUUGUGCACCAAAUGAAAAGUUCUUGAAUAUGGGAGGUCCAUUAGCAAUUGGUUUGGGACUUGUAUUUGCAAGUAGUGUUGGUACAAUAUUUUUGCCACCUACAACAGCUAUUGGAUCUGGCUUAUAUUCAAUAUCCUUAUAUGGUGGUUUGGUGCUAUUUUCAAUGCUUCUUUUGUAUGAUACUCAAAAAAUUAUUAAACAAGCAGAAAAUUACCCAGCUUAUAAUCAUCUUGCAAGGCCAUAUGAUCCAGUUAAUAAUGCAAUUUCAGUUUAUAUGGAUGUAGUAAAUAUCUUUCUAAGAAUUCUCACAAUAUUAGUGAAUGGAGGAAACAGAAGAAAAAAUUAAAAGUGCUUUCCAAUAGGCUAAUUCAAAAAUUAUGGAUUUCCAUUUUCGUAUGAUGUUUGGAAAACGUCGUGAUUUAGUAUUUAAAAUUAUUUUGCAAUAAAUAAGUUUUACAAAUAUAAUCUACUUUAUGUUAUAUCUUAAGAUGAUAUGUAAAUUAUUAGCUUACUUAAAAUAAAAUAUAAAAUAUAAAAAAUAAGUUUUUUUUAAACAUGCAAAGAGGAAAAAUUUAUAUUUCAAUUAUUAGCGAUAAAAUUAAAUGCAUUUUAUUGUCAUUUCUCAAGCAUAUUGUUUGAGAGCAAAGUAAGAUACAACUACUAAGUAUAUAAUUAUAGAUAUUUUAUAAAUUUAAGCUAUUUACUUAAUUUUAAAUUAAGAUACAGUGAAAAGAUUUAUGAAUGUGAUACAAUUGUGCAUAAUAUCAAGGAAUUAUAUUAAUGCAAGUGAAAUAGAUUUAAUGUCAUUCUCAACAUGUUUAAAAUCUAUUGUAAUGAUUGCACAUUAGUUUUAUCAAAGAAAUAUUUAUAAAUUUCACUUAAUUUCUUAAAAUUAUGCGAAAUAUAAUAAUUAUUUUCAAUAGAUAGUAAUAAUUGCUAUCACAUUGCAGAUAAUUACAUUCGUUUAUAUAUUUAUUUGUGUUUAUUCAUACAUGAUCACUAAAAAGGUUUUAUUCUUUCAAAUUAAAAUUAUUUUUUUCUAAGAAAAUAAACUUUAUUUUAAUACGAAAUUCAUUAGUAGGCAGUAGAAGAAUAGAUAAAUGCAAAUAAAUAAUAUAAAAUAAUAUUUCUUGAAAUAUAUCUUCAUUAAUUAAUGAUAAUAUUUAAAUUGAAAAUAUAUCAAUCAUUAUAAUUAAAAAAAUUAAAAGAAU